AUGGAGUUUUUCACCAAAACAAAGGCAAUUAAACUCCGGAGUCACCUUGAUAAGUACUUGAUCGCUGACGAAGACCAAGAAACCGUUCGUCAAACAAGACGUGGCUCAUCACGCAAAGCUGCCAGAUGGUUUGUGGAGUUAGUCGAUGAAAAGAGCGAUGUUAUUCGUCUCAAAAGCUGCUAUGGCAGAUACCUCACAGCCUCUGACAUGCCCUUUUUAUUAGGCAUGACAGGGAAGAAAGUAAUCCAAACAGGACUGCCUGAAAAUAUUUCAGACAACUGGAAGCUGGAGUGGGAGCCUAUAAGAGAUGGGUUUCAGGUUAAACUUAAAAGCUGGUGUGGCAAGUUCUUGCGAGCUAACGGAGGGACACCGCCGUGGAGAAACUCGAUUACUCACGAUGAGCCUCACACUGGUUCGACGAGAAAGUGGAUUCUUUGGGAUAUCGAGGAAGUACAAGUGCUUGAAAACGACUCCUUAGUGGAUUACUUGUCUUCUAUGUCGAGCUUUUCUACAGUGUCCGGUGAUGUUCUUGAAGCUAUUUCGGACGAUUAUAAAGGAUCGGAAGCCGGGUCUCCGCUAUCGGCUGUAUCGUCUGGGAGGACUCGGAGAUUGACCUUGAUAAAGUCAAUGUCUCCAAGAUUGCUUUUGUCCCCAAAUAAGAAGGAAGCUUCAGGUGAAAUGCCAAUCCAGGGGAGAGAUUACAGCACCCGGUCAAACAAGUCGACUAAUCCGGACUGCUACUACAAUCUAUUCUCGCCCACCAACUCCAACAAGUUCCGGUCAGGGAUGGAUUUCUUUCACAGAGCAAAAGCCGUCCGUCUCCGCAGCCACCAUGACAAGUAUCUCCUCGCAGAGGAUGAUGAGGAGUCCGUGACCCAAGACCGGAACGGAUCCUCCAAGACCGCCAAAUGGACUGUUGAACCGGUACCUGGAUCCGACUUCAUCAUCCGCCUCAAGUCCUGCUAUGGUAAAUACCUUACUGCCUCUAAUCAGCCUUUUCUUUUGGGCAUGACGGGUCGCAAGGUUCUUCAGACUCUCCCCAGACGCCUUGACUCGUCCGUGGAGUGGGAACCCGUUAGAGAAGGGGGUCAGAUGAAGCUCAAGACCCGGUAUGGGAACUUCUUGAGAGCCAAUGGGGGGUUGCCACCUUGGAGAAACUCGGUUACUCAUGAUAUUCCUCAUAGGACUUCUACACAAGAAUGGAUCCUCUGGGAUGUUGAUGUUGUGGAGAUUCAAGUACUUCAGUCUCCUACUGGCCCUGCUCCUAAUCAUGAUCUAAACAAAAUCGUGUCUCAUUCUGAUUCUUUGGAUUUCGAGUCCAGCUCUCCAUCUUCUAUCUCUAUCAAAUCAGGAAACUAUUCAAGACAGGAGUCGAGUGAUUCUAAUGUGAGUUCGCCGCGGAAAUCAAAGGGUAGGACAUUAUACUACCAUGUGGCUGAUGAGAGUGGUGAGGUUGAUGAUGAUGCAACGGUGGGUUACUCUUUGAAUUUUAAGGGAAAUGGGGUUGAUGAGUUGACUCAAAAAUUGAAGGAAGAUACGGGUCUUGAGGAUAUUGUUGUGUGUACUCGCAGUCCUUUGAAUGGAAAGCUUUAUCCACUUCGAUUGCAGCUUCCUCCAAACAAUGCAGACAUGCAUGUUAUUGUAGUUCAGUCAUCCUCCAACGCGGCCAGGGAUUUUGCAAAACAAGGAGUCCCUUUAUGA